GAUGUUUUGGGACAUCCUGUCUAUGGUGGCCUUGCUGGUGGAGGUCUUGACAGCUCCACUCCAAGUCUAUGAUAUUUCAGGGGGAGUCCGGCAGGUUGGGGACGUCUUACACUGGUCAACCACCAGCUAUUGGGUUCUGGACGUGCCAGCAUCAUUCCUUACAGCAGUCUAUAUCAAUGACAUCCUGCACACCAAGCUUGCCGAUGUGGCGCGCGUGUACUUGAGGUCUUGGUUUCUCUUCGACAUGCUUAUGUUGGCGCCGGAGGUGGUCUUCUUCGCCAGCGCGCUCUCGCAACAGCCGGGAGAGGAAUCCGAGGACCCAGCAGCAUCCGGCCUGCUGCGGGCCUUGCGCGCACGGCGCCUGGUGCGCGUCGUUCGUUUCGUUCGGAUUCUCCGAUUCCAGAAAGCCAUGGUUGUCCUAAAGAAGUUGAGCUGCUACAGGCAUUUCAGGCUGUUCUUCCAAGGCCGGAUUUCGUCUUCUUUGCUGCCGGUCCUUUGCUUGAUGUUCGGCCUUGCAGCUGCAGUGCAUUUCCUGGCAAGUUUGUGGUUUGUGGCAGGGACCGUCGAACAUGGUUGGGCAUUUAAUGAAGGUCUGCAUGAGGCUCCGUUCGCCCAACAGUAUAUACGAAGCGUGGAGUGGGCCGUGUCUCGGUUGCCGGCAUCUUCUUUGAGAGCCAACGUCGAGCUCCACACCGCCUUCGAGCGCUGGUUGGCCAUCAUGGCCACAUUUGCUUCUUUGAUCAUUUCCUCAAUGUUUGUCAGUAUCUUGACCAACCUAAUGGCGGAUGUUGCUCGUAGAACACGAAAGAUGGCGCAGAUCCUGGAGUCUGUCAGAAAGUACUGCGGAACAUGUGGGGUGUCCUAUGCUCACACCAUGAAGGUGAAAAGGCUGGUGGAACGGGAGCAUUGCCGGGCCAGCAUCCAGGAUCAUAUGCAAUUCUUACUGACGCUCCCCGAGGCUCUUGUUAAAGAAUUGUUCCACGAGGCCCGCUCCAUCACACUGGCUUGCCAUCCCCUCUUCAUGGAAAUCGGGGCCAUGAACCCCACUAUGGAAUUGCAACUGUGCAACAAAGCGGCGAAAGAGCUCUACCUCCUGGAGCAUGAUGAGAUGUUCCGUGGCAAUGAGAAAGGUGAAGGGAUAUAUAUCCUGGCAUCAGGUGCAGCUCAGUACGCUCAAGGAGCUGAGUUCUACCAGCCACUCACAUCUUCACCAGACAGAGACAAGGCUCGGCAGUCAGCAUCACCACCGGGAAUUGCCCUGCGCUUCUUCAAUGUCGUCGCCGGCACGAGCGAUCGACUAGGUGAAAAAAGAGAAGGGCGACGGCAGAGUGAGAGCAAACCUUCGAAACCUCCAGUUCAUGUUUCCGCUGACGACUACCUCAGCGAGCAGGCAAUGUGGAUCCGGGGCUGGAAGCAUCAGGGAAGGCUGGCGGCCACAGUGGAGAGUAGAGCGCUUCACUUGGCUACGGUGGAGGUCCGCUCGGUGCUGAACGACUACUCGGAUGUUCUGGCCGUAGCCGUGGUCUACGCCCGCUCCUAUGUGGAGACGAUGAAUCGACUGUCGGCAGAGGAAGUCUCCGAUUUGCCCCUCGAUCCCGGUCAGUUCGAGAUGGAUCCGGCGUGGUCUAUCAAAGUCGCUUCCGAGAUUCGACGCGACAGCCGGCUGGACAGAGUUGAGCCUGAACCGCUGGACUAG